AUGGUCAAGAUCGUCACAGUUGAAGAAGGAAUCGAAGGUGCAGUUGAAGUGCCUGUAGUUGAGAAGGUCGGAGUGGAAGGAGAAGGCGAGACAUUUUCCGAUAGCGAAAGUGAAAGUGAAAGUGACUUUGAAGAUGAUUUCGAUAUUGAAAAUGAAUCAAUCUACGACAGAAUUGUUGCUUUAAAGGAUAUCAUUCCUCCACAACACAGAUCCACUAUUGUGUCGACCACCGAGAGUGUUUACGGGAUGAUUGGGUCCACUUUAAGAAACAGUGGUAAUGCUUUGUGGGUUGUAUCAUCAUCAUUAUUAUUAUUAGGAGUUCCAUUAUCAUUAGCCAUUUUAUCCGAGACUCAAUUACAAGAGAUGGAAAGAGAAAUGAAGUUACAACAAGCUGCACAAGAUCUCAGUGCCAUCGAUGGUGCUAAAGCUUAA